UUCAACACUGUACUUUGAUGUAUAACUAUACUAAAAUUUGUGGGCAUUUUGUGAAAAUUGUGUACAAUGUAAAGUCUUCUUUGUUCAUGUUGUUAAAUUAAUGGUGUGUAGGCGGGAAAUAAUAAAACUAGCAUUUGUCUUUUGAAUUCAGACGAUGAAAAGAAAAGAAUGUCAAAAAAAAAAGGUAUGAUAAUUUAAAUAAGUGUUUAAAGCGCGAGAUAUAUUAAAGUGCAGCUUGAUUGAAAGUGAGACAUCGACACAGUACACACGUUCAAAGACUAGAUGAACGUUUCUCAAGAUAGCUGAUAGAGAUAGAUAAUCCCUGGCUGCAAUCAAUGUUUGUUGGUUAGAAAGAAAGGGCAAACAUUGUCCCGGUGUCGUGGUCGCCUCUCAUUUACCUCCCUCCCUCCAUCUCUUUCUCUGUCUUUCUUAUUCUGGUUCCCUGCUCUGUCUUGGGCUCGUAUGUCGUGAGACCUAAGCGCGAGUGGCGAGAAAUAUCAACGGCUCGCGAAUGUCCGUGCUUAAAGUGCAAGACGAGGAGGUGGCAGCAGAACACGAGAGCCGGCGGCAGCAGCACCUUACCACCCUCGAGCUGCUGUCGGCCUCGAGAACCCCAACUAGCAGCAUCCUACUAUAAGCUCAAGCCCUGAGAGCAGCACCAGCUUCAAGAUGUCAGUGACAGAUGACAGGAUCAGGGAGCUCAACUGCAGUUUCCUUGAGUUCAUGAACAAGCCUGAAAAUGUAGAGACUGCCACCAAGGAGAUCUAUGAUGACCUACUGGACGAAGUGCUCAUGGGCUUUGUCUUUGAUGUGCAUCGUGUGGUCAAGAUUGGCAGUUCUGAGGUCGAAGAGGGCAUACCAGAUGAUGAGUCUUAUGCGAUUGUAGACUCGCCGGGCCUAGACGUGUUCGGUCAGCACCCGAUUAAGAAGUCGCAGGAGUGCAACUGCCCGAACUGCGAGCGAGGUGUGGCGGCGAGCCGGUUCGCCACCCACCUGGAGAAGUGCAUGGGCAUGGGCCGCAACAGCUCGCGCAUCGCCUCGCGGCGCAUCGCCAACAACAGCAAGGACCUGACGACCUUCAGCGGGGUGAUCAGCGACGACGACGACGACGUCGACUGGAGCGUGAACAACGACAAGCGCAAGCGGCGCAAGGAGCGCAACGGCCUGAAGAAGCUGAAGCAGCCGAGGCAGCAGCAGGCGGCGGGCGCCGGGGCCCUGCUGGCGGGCGCGCUGCUCGCCGGGCCCGCGAGCAGCAACAACAGCAGCGGCUCCUCGUCGAGCAGCUCGCUCGGCGGGCCCAAGAACAGCGGCAGCGACGGCGGCGAGCUGGUCUACACGAGCAGCGAGAGCUCGCCGUCCAACUACGAGGGCAUGAGCCUCGAGGAGAAGCGCGUCCUGCUGCAGCAGGUCUGCGGGGUCAUGUCCGAGCACACCAAGAAGAUCUGCACGCGCUCGAUGCGCUGCCCGCAGCACUCGGACGAGCAGCGCAAGGAGGUGCGCGCCGGCCUGGAGGAGCUGGUCGCCGCGCAGGGGCUGCCCGCGGGCCUACACGGGGUCGAGCUCGAGCCGACGGCCUACGACGAGGCCGCCGAGCUCGCGGCCAGGUGGGACCGCGACUCCGGCGCGGCGGCGGACGCGUUGGCCGGCGCCGCCUCCUCCUCCUCCUCCUCGGGCAGCCGCAAGCGCGAGGCCAAAGCCAAGGGCAAGGCCAAGGCGGCCGGCAAGCGCGAGCGCAACUCGCCCGUCUCCUCGCACUAUAUUUUCCUCAACACCUGAUCCCGGGCCGGGGCCGCGGCCCGCGCCGUCGCUCCCUGCUCGGGCUAGGCCAGUCUCGCUCGCUGUCUCACUAUCGAUGUACAUCCGCGACGCACCCCAUUUUUAUUUCGUUCUGCGUUCGGUCACGAGCAGCCACCUUACACUCGUCGUGUAUUGACUGUAAGUUCUUGGUUCGCUGUUCGGCUGGAGUUUCUACUCGCGCGCUUGCUCUCGUGGCGGCCAUGGGAGUCUUCCUAAUCCUCGUUGUACAGACGCUCGCUUCGCCUGUCGCCUGCCUAUCUCUAAUCUAGCUUAACUUUUCUUUACCCCCUAUCCGCAUUGUCGACUCUCCUUUGUUCCUUAUCCAUUUAUAUUGUAGCCUGUUCCGAUAUUUAUUACGAUUUCUCUUUUCAUAAGAAGCGUUAUUUAUAUAUUACUCAACGCACUGCAUCUUUUAGAUUAUAUAUUAAUUCAAAUAAUUGAUGAACAGUGGCAGAAUAUUUUUACAAGACAGUUUACAUGAGAUUCAAAUUUAUAUAUGAGUCAAUUCUGA